AGUCAUAGAAAAAAAAAACAACAAUAAGAUUAAAAUACUUCAACAAUCAAAACAAUCACAAUCAUGCUUAUAUUCAUUUCUCAUUAGUAUACCCUACUGUUAUUGAUGAGUCUAUUUAUCGUCGACUGCUUCUGUUAAUUGUUCGCCUUCUGAAUUUGAUGUGAUGUACAAUUCUUCAGGAUUAGUACCAAGUCGUUUUUUAGUUUUGAUUGCCCAUUUCAUUAUUUGUAUUAAUUUAUUAUGGAGUCACACGGACCAUCAACACCAAUGUUUAUCAAUGGAAGUGAUAGAAAAUCAGGUCCAUCCCAAAAUGAAACAACAAACACAACAACAGUGGUAGGGUGGACAAAAAUUCUGUUACUAGCAGGAUUUUCGACAACUGUUGGAGGUUCACUUUCUGUGGGAUACAACAUAGGCGUUGUAAAUGCCCCCGCUGUUGUCAUCAAACCAUUUUGCAACCAGAGUAUCUACGAUAGAUACGGUGUGGUGUUAUCUGGCAGUCAGUUAGAUUUCUUAUGGUCCUCUAUAGUGUCAAUUUUUUUGAUAGGGGGAGCAAUAGGAUCUUUGGGAGGGUCCGCCAUAGCGGAUUCUCUGGGUAGACGUGGAGGACUUAUAGUAAGUCAGUUGUUAGGUUUCAUUGCUGGCCUUCUCUUCGUUUCCAGUGAAGUUUUGCGAUCCGUUGAGACCCUUAUGGUUGGAAGGCUACUUGUAGGGCUAUCUGCAGGUAUGAUCACAGGUAUAAUGCCGAUGUAUCUGAUGGAGAUGGCUCCCUUACACCUAAAAGGGUCAAUGGGUGUUCUAUGCCCUUUAGGAGUAUGUACAGGAGUCCUACUUGGACAAAUAAUAUCAUUGCCAGGAAUAUUAGGAAACGAACAUUACUGGAAUUAUUGCCUAUCAUUCUUUCUGAUUCCUCUAGUAUUAUGCAGUAUUAUAUUUCCUUUUUUACCGGAAAGUCCGAAGUAUUUGUUCAUCAUAAAGAAAAAUCACCAGCUUGCUGUGAAAGGUCUCUCUCGAAUACGCAAUGUAUCGGCGAGUCAACUUGAACAGGAGAUUCAAGAACUGAAGGAUGAACAACAAGUGAAGGAUUCGCUGAGGGAUGAUGUUUGGUCUCUAGGUAGGGUGCUGAAAGAUCGUAAAUUGCUGCUUCCGAUUAUGCUAGUUUGCGCCCUCCAAUCUGGACAACAAUUCAGUGGUAUCAACGCAGUAUUUUAUUAUUCUGUUGCCAUUUUUAAAUCUGCCGGAUUGUCAGAAAGUGGUCAACAAUUAGGCACCAUAGCCGCAGGAGUUUGUAAUCUGUUUAUGGCUAUAAUAUCCAUUAGGAUCAUGGAAAAGUUUAACCGAAGAUUCAUAAUCCAACUGAGUUUAGCUACAACCGCAUUUUUCCUCUUCCUACUAGCUGUAGCUGUACAAUUUUUACACGCUGCCACAUGGAUGCCUUACUUAAGUAUAGUGGGGGUGCUGGGUUUUGUCCUCUGUUAUGGUAUAGGUUUAGGCCCAAUACCGUAUUUCAUAGCCUCGGAACUUUUCGAAGUUGGUCCUAGACCGUGUGCCAUGGCUUUAGGAAGUAUGGCCAACUGGGGCGGUAACUUCUUCAUUGGACUGUUUUUCCCCCUGAUGAAUCGGUAUCUUGGAGCUGUUUCCUUUGUGAUAUUCUCCACAUGGAUAGUGUUCCUAUUUUUCUUAGUUAGGAUCUACUUACCAGAAACCAGAGGGAAAGAUGUUGCUCAAGUUGCUCUCCUGUGCCAAGAUGGGCUUGCAUCCAAGCCUUUAUCAUCCCCAGUUAUCAGGACCCCUGAGUGAUCCUCAUGGUGGAAAGGGUUAAAGAAACAUUUUAAUGAUCAGCAUCGAAUCUCAUUUUAUGUUUAAGUGAGAAAUGAUAAUUUUUAUACUGGUAAUUAUUGUUAAAACUGUUUAUGGUUCUAAUAAGUAAACACAUUCUGGAAGUUUA